AUUGAUAUGGCACCUAAAAAACUUGGACGGGGUCGUGUUUUACACAGCCAAAGCUGUGAAAUUGUGAACAAUAUUAUUAAGUUCAUGAAAAAAGAGGCUGAAGAAGGGAUUAGCAUUCCUUUGACAAAUUACAGGGAUAGAGUAUUGGCUGCUACUGGGGUAUCAAAGAAUACCUACCAGAGAAUUUGCAAAGAAUCUAAGAAAAAGGAUUUGCAAGGACCAAGUAUCUCUUUUCAAAGCCCCAAAAAAGGAAAAAUAUGAAGAAAUGGAAAUUGGAUUCUUUCACACCUCACCAGAUUAAAAGUAUUAGAGAAAUAAUCUACAAUUUUUACAUGAUGGAAAAAAAUUACCGACAUUAAAGGGUAAGCAUUAAAAUUGAAAGAUUGUCUCUGGUACCUUUUUCUCCAUGUCAGGAGUUUCUGAACUAUAUUCUCUAAAAUAUACUCACC